ACUGGGAACUCGGAAAAAAACGCGGUCAAAUCAUGACGUCAGUGACCUUCAGGUCGGAACUUUAUAAAGAAGCCACAGUUUCCAAGUUGGAAUUCCGAGUUGGAUGACCAUUCAAAAGAUUUUUCCCAGUCGGAGCUCGUUUUUUCCGAGUUCCCAGUUGUUUUUGAACGCACUGAAGUCAGAGAAUUCCGAGUUCCCAGUUGUUUUGAACCAGGCAAUUGUUUUGACGGGAGAGGAGGCCAUGGCAGACCUUGAUGUGAAAGCAGGAGAUAAGGUGCUGUUGGUGUGGAGCCAGCCUUCGUCCCCAACAACCCUGAAGGAGCUGGCAGAGAGUCUAGGGGCCAUGGUUGGCACAGAGGGCAGAGUGUCCCUGGAGAAUAUGGAAAGACUUCUAAUGUCUUCACAUGCAGCAUCAAGCUAUGACUGGGUCCUCUCAAGUGUACUCUCUGACAGCUCUUCUGUCCACACCUCAGAGACACUAGCAGAGAUGGCCAGAGUGAUCAAACCUGAUGGAAAACUAGUGCUAGAAGAACCUGUUACAGGAACUGAUGACCAAAAAGUGAGGACUGCUGAGAAGCUUAUGUCAGCCUUGAAGUUGUCUGGCCUGGUGUCUGUGACUGAGGUCAGUAAAGGACCCCUGACCCCAGAGGCUGUGUCUGCCCUGAAGACAUCCACAGGCUUCCAGGGUAACACUCUCUCCAGGGUGCGCAUGUGUGCAUCUAAACCCAACUUUGAAGUGGGCUCCUCAAGCCAGCUGAAGCUUUCCUUUGGGAAAAAGACCCCAAAACCAGUACACAAACCUGCUCUUGAUCCCAAUGCUGCCAAGGCGUGGACCCUGUCAGCCAAUGACAUGGAUGAUGAUGAUGUGGACCUGGUAGAUUCAGAUGCUCUGUUGGAUGCAGAUGACUUGAAGAAGCCAGACGCAGCCUCCCUCAAAGCACCCUCCUGUGGUGACGGAACCACCAAGAAAAAGAAGGCUUGCAAGAACUGCUCUUGUGGUCUUGCUGAGGAGUUGGAACAGGAGAGCAAGGGUGCCAAGACAAUCAGCCAGCCUAAGUCAGCUUGUGGAAGUUGUUACCUGGGUGAUGCCUUCCGAUGUGCCAGCUGUCCGUACCUUGGGAUGCCUGCCUUCAAACCUGGGGAGAAGAUUGUACUGGCCAACACAGGGCUAAAUGAUGCCUAGAAACAUAACCACAAUAUAUACUUUCUGGAAUAUCGUAUUAUUUACAUUAUGCUAACCUCCCACACCCUGGAGUCCAUGACCAAUGCCAGGUUCUCAGUGAGAUGGUGAGAAUGGCUCUUCUACAUCUCUUCAUGUAUAAGAGCAAAAAGCAGAUAGAGUUUGAGAAAUUUAAGGCUUAUUGUGCUGAAUUGCAGUAAAUGUGCCAUUGCUGGUUGUAAUAAAUGUAUUGGGAGUAGCA